AUGCUGCCCCCUUUGUUAUUCUGGCUCUCCAGCGAUGUCGUCCAAGCACGGAGAGUAGCAGCGUCAACGUGCCCGGCGCCCGUACCUGCGUCAUAUCCUGCACCGGUUGUCCGAGACGGUUACGAAGCCCGGCUGGUGGCUACCGGACUCAAGAGGCCGAGAGGCGUCAUCGUCGAUUCGAAAGGAAGGUUACUGGUCGUUGAGAGUGGCAAGGGGAUUACCCACUUGACUAUCAAGGACGAUGGAUGGCCGUGUUUGUCUGUGGAGAAGACGACAACUCUUGUGUCGAUGAGUGAUCUCAACCAUGGCAUCGAGCUCUCAGUCGAUGGCAAAACCCUUUACGCCUCCACCUCCAACUCAGUCUACAGCUGGGCCUACGACGCAGAAGCCGUCAGUGUCAGCGACGAGAAGUCCCCCAAGACGCUCAUCAGCAACAUGACGAACGUCGGCGGCGGCCACUCCACCCGGACACUCCUCCUCUCACGCAAACAGCCGGGGAUCCUGCUCGUCUCGCGCGGCAGCGGGAGCAACCUCGAUAACGGCGCCACCGACCAUUCCUCUGGCAUCUCGCAGAUCCGAGCCUUUGAUAUCUCCGACCCCAACCUCAGCACAUCCGGCGGUGGUGGUGGCAAAGUAUACGACUACCCCAGCGAAGGCUGGACCAUCGGCUGGGGCCUGCGCAACUCGGUCGGAGUAGCCGAGGAGCCCAACACGGGGGGCAUCUACAGCGUCGAGAACAGCGCGGAUGGCAUUAGGCGUUUCGACGUGGACAUUCACGAAGACAGUCCCGGAGAGGAAAUGAAUUACCAUGGUGUUCUUCGUGUUCCUUCUUCCUCUUCUUCUUCGGACACCACACAAGGUCAAGGGGGCGGCAACCACGGCUACCCCUAUUGUCUAGCCCUCUACAACUCCUCUACUCCUUCUCCGUUCCCUUCCUUGGGAAACCUCAAAACCGGCUCCCAAUUUACCCACGACUCAACGCCUUACUCUAUCCCCUUUUUGCCAUCAUCCUCUGAUUCUUCUUCAGUUCCGCAAGCAAAACCCAUCAACAUCACAGCUUCCGACACUUCCUGCUCCUCUGCAAACUUUGUUCCUCCCCGCCUCACUUUCCCCGCCCAUACGGCUCCGCUCGAUAUCAAGUUCAGUAACAAAAAUAAUAAUAGGACUCUAGCGUACAUCACCUUCCACGGCUCCUGGGACCGAUCUACCCCGGCCGGGUACAAACUAUCCGCUGUCCGGUUCGAUGUUACAAAGGGAGAACCGGUCGAGGCGAGCGAUAGCACAAACAGUCUGGUGGAUGUCAUGUGGAAUCGGGAUGUGACCAAGUGUCCGGACCAGUGUUUUAGGCCGGUGGGAUUGGCGGUGGAUGAUAGAGAGGGGAGGAUUUGGAUGACGGAUGAUGACAAGGGGGAUGUGUGGGUUUUGAAGCAGGUUGGGGAGGUGAAGGGUGAUAAUGAUGAUGAUGAUGAUGGAAAUGGAGGGGUUGGAAGUGGGAGUGGAAGUGCCAAUGGUGAUAGCGAUAGUGCCGCUGUCCCGAUGCGCAUGAAGAGAAACGGAAGUGGUAGUGAGUGGAUGGGUGUUGGAAGAUCGAUGGUUGUUGCGGUUGUUGGGAGUGUGUUGUUUGCUGUGUUGUGA